AUGGCGGACGACGCGAAGCCGGUGAAGGUGCUCAUCGCGGGCGACGUCGAGGGCAACUUCGACGAUCUCUUCAAGCGCGUCGGCGCGGUGAACGACAGCCAGGCUGGGCCGUUCGAUCUGUGCGUGUGCGUCGGUCGAUUCUUCGGCGGCGGCGUCGAAGACGACGCGGGAUCGGCGGACGGCGGCGCGUCCACGGCGAAACCGAACAACGACGAGCUCAGACCGUACGUGGACGGGACGUCCGCGGCGCCGAUGCCGACGUACUUCGUCGACGCGCUGCCGCGCGGGAGGGAGUUCGUCAAGGGCGAGACGUCCGCCGCACAGAAGGGGGCCGAUUCGAUCGAGGUCGCGCCGAACGUUCGCUGGCUCUGCCGCCCCGGCGUGCACGACCUGCACGGCCUGCGCGUCGCGGUGCUCCCGGGGAAGUACAACAAGAUGGCGUUCGAGGACGCGAGCGCGAUGGCCGCGAGCGCGGCUGCCGCGGAGGGCGAGUUCACGAUGGAUGACGUGAGUAAAUUGCGCGCGUCGGCGUUUCGCGACGCCGCGCCUCCGGGCGGCGCGAACGGCGGCGAGAACGCGGACGCGAUCGACCUGUUCCUGACCACCUCCUGGCCCAAGGGCGUGGAGCUGCGCUCGAGGGACGCGACGACGCCGGACGUCGUCGCGGCGUCCGCCGCGGGCAGCGCCGUCGUCGCGGACCUCGCGAGAGAUUUACAGCCGCGAUAUCACGCGUGCGGCGCCGCCGUCGGCUGCCCGUCGAAGGUCUUUUACGCGCGCGAGCCGUAUAAAAACCAGCGCGCGAUGCACGUCACGCGGUUCCUCGCGCUCGCGCCCGUGCGCAACGACGCGAAGCACAAGUGGCUGCACGCGCUCGGCCUCGUCCCCGCGCGCGUGAUGCCCCCCUCGAGCCUCCGCGUGCAACCGCCGGACGCCACCCGCUCGCCGUACGACGCGCCGCCGCCGCCGCCGGGCUCGAUGGCGGCGAAGGGCGCGGCGCUCGCGGCGCAGGACGCGGCGUUCGAUCACGCGUCGCUGCGUUGGGAGGAGCCCAAGGCGAAGCGCGCGCGGCUCGCGGCGAACAUAGAUCGACGGCCGCUCCAGGGGGACACGGACAAGACGGUGUACGUUCGGAACCUGGGCUGCUGGUUCUGCUUAUCCAACGAAAAGGACACGCACCUCGUCGCGUCCAUCGCGUCGGAGAGUUUCGUGAGCAUGGACAAGGCUGGCGUCGUCGCGGAUCACUGCCAGAUCGUGCCGAUCGAGCACGCGCCGUCCUUCGCGGCGAUGGCGCCAUCCGCCGCGGAGGAGAUGUGGAGAUAUCUCGACGCGCUGCGGAAGUGUUUCGCCGCGGGCGGCGGCGGCGACCCGCCGAGCGGGGGCGAGGACGGGACUGAUAACGGCCGAGAUGUCGUCGUUUUCGAGCGGCACCUCGCGUUGCGUUCGAAGGGGGGGAACCACUGCCACGUGAACGUCGUCCCGGUGCCGAGGGCGCGGUCGGGGAAAGCGAAGAAGAUUUUCGAGCAGGCGGCGAAGAAGCUCAACUUCGAGUGGUGCUCGAUCCCGAAGCCCGAGAGCGCGAUGGACGCGCAGGCGGCGCUGUUAGAGCACGUCGGCGACGGAGAGUACUACGCCGUGCACCUUCCGGACGGGAGCAUUCUCGUCCGUAAGAUCGGGAGAGGCGAGCCGCACUGGAUGAGUUUCGGGAGGGAGGUGCUCGGGCACCUGCUCGGGUGCCCGGAGCGGACGUCGUGGCAGGAGUGUCUGGAGACGGAGGAGAGAGAGACGGCGCGCGCAGCGGCGAUGAAGGCGUCGUUCGAGAAGUUCGACAUCAUGCAGGAGUAGAAUCGCGACGCGGGCGAGAGCGAGCGUAUCAAAAAAAACAAAACGUUUGUUC